AAUGUUUGUAAUUUUGUGCUUUUGGCUAUCCUUGCCAUUAUCUCUUCAAAAUGAUCAGUUGCAAAAUAGCACAGUCUUAAAUAUUAAUCCAAAACAUCUUUAUCUAUUUCUGGAACAUAAAGAUGUGUUGGUCGAGUUUUAUUUAUCUAUGUGCAAUACUUGUCCCAGGAUGACAAAUAUUUUGGAUUAUUAUAUGCUAGAACAUGAUUUGUCCUCACUGCUAACUUUUGUUUCAAUCGAUUGCUCAAAAUAUUCGAAACAUUGCUUGAAAACCCAAGUUGAACAAUACCCCGAUUGGAUGCUCAUUGAAAAAAAUGGACCUAUCACUCCUAUUCAUAACUCAAAAAGUCUAAUUGACUUGUUAAUUAAAUAUAAUAAUUUAAAAAGCAAUUUAUCAAUUGCAAGUCAAAUGUUGAAUGGGGCGAAUAUGAAAUCUGAGAAAGACAUUGCCUGCGUACCUGGAAGAGUUCUAAAACUAAACUCAAAUAACUUUUACUCCUAUAUUAACAAUGGAACAUUCUUUGUUAAAUUAUAUUUACCAAGCUGUAUUUCAUGUAUCAUCUUAAUGGCAAUUUGGAAAGAGCUGGCUCAGGAAUUGGUAAAUGAAACCAAAGUUUGCAUUGCGGAAUAUGAUUGCACUGCAACUGGCAUGCAAAUUUGCAAGGACUUGGAAAUCACUCGGGUCCCUUCAUUAAUAUGGUUUAAAAACGGACAAAUUGUUAAAAAGUACAAAGGAAACCGAGACAAAAAAGGGUUACGGAAUUUUGUUUCCAAAAUGAUAGCGUUCAAGUACUCUCAAUCUUGUGCUUCUCAAAAAAUAUUUGCGAAUACGAGUAUACGAAUGUUAUUGCUAAAAACCAGUAUACAUAUGUUUAUCUAUUAUAUGUAUCUUUAAAUAUAAAUGGUCUUUUAAGAAGAAUAAGAAAAUAUAUAGGUUAUAGGUUUUUGUGAUAGCUUAUAGAGUCUUGAAUAACACGUCCUUAAACAAGCUACACAAAAAACUUUAGUUGCGGUUCUGCAGCUAUUUUUAAAUAUUCAUUUUUGAAAUUUGUGGCGCCUAUGGGAAUCUCGCUAAUACCUAUCGAUAAAUCGAUUUAUUUGGGAGCUCGCAAGUUGGAAACUGUGUCAUCUCUGUUGGACAUCUGGCGCAAAUAAAUACAAAGCCUAGAAAAUUGUCUUUGCACAAUGCUACAGGAUUUGUUACUGGCUUGUUUAAGCAAUUGUCCUAAUGGACAAGGUAUAAGUGCUUUCACGGACACCACAGUCAUUGAGCACUUUGUACAUCCUUGCGAGCGGCAGAUAUUUAUGGAUAUUUUAAAAAUCAUCCAAGUCUACCAUGAAGUAGUUCAAUUUACACAGUCUCUGGGAGUGCAGACAAGUGCACAAGGUGAACUUCCGGAUCAUGGCUUCUACAUGCUCAACUUUGCCAAGGGAAUCGAGUGUGUACUUGAGGAUUACUACGCCGAGAUCACUCGCCUGCAGUCCUAUUGCACCGAAAGCAAGCGCAGUUCGCUUUCAUAUGUGCACGAUGCCCUGCAUGUCAAGAUGCCCGUUCUGGUCUUCCUUAGGAAUCUAAUUAUGGAGACAAAAGUGCGAAAACUGCGAGGAUGCUCCGUACUCCACAAUCUGCACCAACAGUCGGAGCACGGAGAUAUUCAGCUGGCAAGAGUAAUCAAGAAAGUUAUGAAGCCUGUAAAAUACCCAUUCUUCACGAGCCUGGCGCACUGGCUUUCCUUCGGGGUGAUCGACGAUGUCCACUCCGAAUUCUUUAUUAAGUUUACUCCAACCGAUUCUGUCGAUGGUAGCUCAUGCAGCAAAUCAGCUAAUAGCUCUGUAGUUAGCGCGGAUAGAACCCCAGAGGAUUAUAUAUGGCAAUACGAGAUAAAUCUGACCCAGCUGCCGGGGUUCCUGUCCAGCAUUGUCGCUGAAAAAGUCCUGUUUGUAGGGCAAACAGUGCUAGUUUUUAAAAUGGGGCGAGUUGUUAAGCCAAAAAACAAAACAGAUCAAUUGGCUGUGAAGCUGGCCGAAAUGUCGCGCGAUGAUAUCUAUGAGCUGUGGAACGGCAGGGAGUCCGAGUUCUUUGAAAUGGUCAAAGACCUUGAUAAUGAUGAAACAAUCGACGUCUUUCGAGUCGAAAACGUUAUAAACGACAUAAAGAAAUUUGUUAGCAUGCGACUCUCAGAAAUUGCUGUGAACGAAGUCAACAUAGAGCGACAAAUGGGGUUAAUCAAAGACUUCUAUUUGCUGGGCCGAGGAGAGUUCUACUUGGAAUUCUGCAACCAAAUGAUCGGAACCAUGGAUUCGUAUUGUGAAGAACGCUUUAAAAAUAUCACCAGAUCAUUUGAGCUUGCAGCUACCGUCAUGGGAAUUUCGGAUGACUUGGAAAACUUUUCGCUGAGUUGUCAAAGAAGCUCUAGUGAUCCAGAUGAAAGUUGCGACUUCCACGUUCUGCAAGGUCUCAACCUAAAAUACACAUAUGAGUGGCCCCUGAAUCUGUUGUUUUCACCAAAGGCCAUUGAGCGAUAUAACAUUAUAUUUCGAUUUUUACUGAUUAUUCGAACAUUUCAAUAUGAAAUACAAAGAGUCUGGGCCAAGCAGACUUGGAAGGCGAAAAGAGAGCCUACGGCUUUGAAUAAUAAAAUCAUAAGCCUUCGCAAUCAUCUAAUGUUCUUCCUGAACAAUAUGCAGUACUACAUUCAAGUGGAUGUGCUCGAAAGUCAAUUUGGUAUUCUGAUGAAUGUGAUUAAAAGCAAAACUGAUUUCGAGGAAAUACAAAGAGCCCAUACGGUAUUCCUGGCAAAUGUUCUUUCACAAUGUUUCCUACUUUCCGAUUCAAAGGAAGGCCAAAUGAAUAUCACAGGAUGCCAAUCUCAAAACCCUAUUUAUGGAACCCUUCUGAAACUCUUCAGUAUAUGUGAGAAGUUUGCACACAUGACCCAGACAAAAGACCCACCAGAUGACUUUAUGGGCGAAAUCGACCGACUUAAUGAGAGAUUUGGUGUUCAAAUUGCGAGCCUUAUUCAACUAUUAGUUGAUGUAAAAACAGCAUCUUGUUUGGGUCCGCUUUCUCAGCUUCUAUUGCGAUUGGAUUUUAAUCAUUGGUUUAGUGCGAACCAUAAUGCUUCUGCAUCUCUGUAACAAAUAAACUCUGAAAUGGCUUUACCUAAAGCUGUAGUCGUUUAAUGUC